CGUUAGACUUUUUCUCUAACUGGAAAAGGGUCGUUUUUAUCUGGAGUUUAAUAGUCCUUUAAAACUACAACUAGUGAUGUUUUGGUGCGUAAAGGAGGGGCGCGUGCCAAAGUGAGCGAAAGCCACUGGAAGAAAUUGCACCGAAGAUGUCAACAUUGCUUUACCACCCACUCGAAAUCGAUUGUAUUACCUUCAAGAAGGUGGCUCCUCGUAUAAAUAGGGACGCAUUAUUUCAAGAAAGACUGCGGUGAGCACAAUCUGCUGGCUGUUCUCUCUCUCUCCAAUCGGGACUGCAGACAACGCCUGGAAGAAUUUGCUGAAGACAGCUCUGUCCACUCUCCAGGACAUAAGCAUCUUUAACGCCGAAACUAACAGUGAAGUCAUGCAGGUGGAGAGGAAAUGGCACAUACUGUUGACUAUCUUCUUACUGCUCAUCACCUCGGGUCAGUGUAUGGACAGCAAGGAGGUCAAGCAGAACGAAAGAAGGACCCUGUUGGAUCUAAUCUUACAGGUUAUCAGAGACAGCCAGCAACGGGACAAACCCGUCUCCAGGCGCUGUAGCAAUGGACUCUUCACUUCAGCCCAAGACAUGAAGUUCUCCUCCCGUGAAAAGCCUUUCUAUGUUCCAAGGCUGGAUAACAGUAGACUCAUAGAAAUUGUUCCUAGAGAUGUAAACAUGAAAGGCAAAUUCAUUCAGCAUUUCACAGCAGGACCAGUCAAGUUCUCGUCGGAGUGCAGAACACACUUUCAUAGACUUUAUCACAACACAAGGGAUUGCUCAAGACCAGCAUAUUACAAAAGAUGUGCAAGAUUGCUAACACGAUUAGCAAUGAGUCCACUCUGCAUGCAAUCGUAAAUAUUGUUCCAAAAUAAUGGAAGAGGGAUCAAUGCGUUGCCAAGGAAGUGCCUUCAAAUCCACAGCAGUCAUAUGAACAUUGUUGUGUUUAUAGUGUUUCUAUUUUUGUUGUUCAUAUUGUCAUUACUGAAAACACUGAUGGACAUUUCUGGUUGUUUUUGAAUGGAUUUGCUUUUUACUUUAAUUCGCCUGUUUAAUGUACCUGUUUAAUGUACCAUGUAUUUGUAAGGAAACAUUAAUAUAAUAUUAAAUACACAUAUUUAUUGAAAGGGUAUGUAUAUAAUAAUUUCACAAUCAUUAAAAAUCAGAUUAUGUUUGGUUAUAAAAGUUAUAUCCUAUUGGAGAAGAAGCUUCUCCAUAGAAGCUUUUCUUUUCUCCUUAUAUAUGAAAUCCUCUUCCACUAUUAUGCUGAUAUUAUAUCCUGAAACUGGUCUGAAAGAUUUGGCAUGCUCCGUCAUUGUCUUCAUAACGUUUUAUUUGGCACUUGAGUGAAUGCUGACAAUGAGAACAUAUGGAAGGACAACAGUGGUGAUAAUGCACUGCAGUAUUGAACAAUAAAGAAUAUUGAAGCACA